CGAGUGGCUCUUCGGAGUACUGGAGACAUAUGUCCUCAGCUGAACGGGUGACAGUAGAGGGUCAGGAAGGAACCGAUGCUACUUUUAACUCGCAGAGAAGGGGUAAGAGAAAAGAGGUUGGGCAGCCUCUCGGCCGGAUUAUUUCUGAGCUAAGUAAUCGUUUUAGACGCCAAUCGCAAUUUCAGUACAAUGCUGUGUAGGUAAUCACUGCAGUCGCCAAAGUUAGGAAAUGGGCAGAUCACCUUAAGAAAGGCAUCUUCCAUACCAGUGAAGGAGGUGGAUCAUUUGAACACAUUACAUGCCUUCGUUUUCUCCGUGUUAUCUGAAAUUCAAAGGAAGUUUGGACAAAAUAUUCAAGAGAAAAUUGUUUCCUCUUUUUUCAUCAAAUGGAUUAAUGUCCUUCAUUUCUACUUCUAACAUUACUAUUGAGAGAAGAGAGCACUUGUUCAUCAGUACAACACUUUUAGUGUGGGGAAUAUUUUCUAUUAUCUAGAAGAUAAUUAUACAUUACGCUGGUCAUUUAAAUUUUUUAUAGAUUACUCUCUGAAAUCUUUUAAUACAGAUUUUUGACAAUGAAUUGAUUUUACUACAUUUUUAACAGAAUCACCCCAGUGCUUAUGUAUGUAUGAAUACGAGAUUUAAAGAGGGGUUAAGUGAUUGCUCUCUUAACCCAUUUCAGAGUGCAACAAAUUGAAAUUCUCAUUAUGGCAGCAACAUACAAACGAGUAAUAACAACAGUGAAUUGUUAUAGCAGUGUUGUCAUAGAUAAUCAGCUUCAAAAUGUUGUGCAUUAUUGCACUGGGGCAUGUCGAGUAUUCAAACAAGGAGUUAUGUGCAUAGUGGCUCACCACAGUGUUUGUGCAAAACUAAUUAAAGUUUCUACACCUAAUUUUAGAAAUUCAGAUUUGAUCCACAGAUUUUCAGUGCCUGAAAAUUCCCUUGCUAUGCCUGGGGAUGAAGAUUAUCAUCAGCUCCUUCCUAAUAACCCAAAACUCAAAAAAGUGUCUUCUGUUCAAAGCACUGGAAGUCUUAAAGAUAUCACUGAAGAAGCCAUAAAUCUUGCUAGUGGAAAAAUAAAAGAAUUCUCAUUUGAAAAACUGAGAAAUUCUUCAAAUCAGGCAAACUAUAGAAAAGGAAGAAAAGUUAAGUCAGACCCAUUCAGUAGAAGGUCACUAGAUUUUGACUUGAUUAGCGGACAUUUCAACAAUGAUGGAAGUUUGUCCCCUCCCUAUGGCCUAUUAAAUAAUUGUUCCCAUGAAGAAAAAUGGCAGUUCAGCAGCACCUCAGUAGAGGGAAAUGGAAGUUCUAUAGUUCCUUUGCCUAUAGAAACUUUUUCUGAUGGCAGUUUUAUCACACAAAUUUUGGAAAAGCACAAGCUGGAUGGUUCUUCCAGUGGAGAUAUUAAGAUGUGCUUAGAUAUUUUGCUGAAAUGCUCAGAGGACUUGAAGAAGUGUACAGAUAUAAUAAAGCAAUGCAUUAAGAAGAAAUCUUCAGGUAAUGUCAAUAGCGGAAAUAAUAAUGAUUCCUUGGCCAAUUCUGAAAUAAUCUAUAUGAAUUUAAUGACAAGAUUUUCUUCUUACCUUAAACAGUUGCCUUUUGAAUUUAGAUAUCCUGGGCUCAAUAAGCCUGGUGACAUGGUAGAACUGAUUAACAAUUUGUCUGCUUUGGAGCAGUCUCAUUUCUCCCCAAUAUUUGGCAAUGAGCAACCACCAAGAUAUGAAGAUGUUGUAACUUCUGCAUCAUCUGUGGCAAAGCAGUCCUUUACCUCUGACUUAAAAAAAAUACAGAAUAACACUGAUAGAAAUUUCUCAACCAAACUUAUCCAAAUCCCCAAUGUAGAUAUCUCCUCAAAUGCUUUGCAGAACAAUGUAGAUUCUAGAAAUGAUUCUUGUGCACUACCUCAGUUGCAAUUUCUAAAUCCAUCAGACUGCAUUUUUUCCACAGAAACUCUAUAUAUAGUGGAAGAAUCAGACGGAAAAAAAGUAUUGGAAAGUGCAUCAGGUGUUAAGAGUAGAACAAUAUGGGAAAAUUCAGAGAGCAGCCAGGAGCGAGCUGAAUGGGUAAAUCCUUCUGUAGAACCUACUAAAACUUAUAUUGUUGCACAGCCUCUAUCACAGGGCCAGCUCUCCAUUUCAGCAGAUUCCAUUGAUCAAACCCUUGAUUAUAAUGUUCAGAUUUCUAAAGAAGAAUCCCCAAAAAACAAUCAAGAAGAGAUAGACAAACUUUUGUUGGAUUUGGAGAAUUUUUCACAAAAAAUGGAGAUUACUCUGAAAGAAACUACUGCUAAGCAGAGUGAUCCUAGAUAUUUGAAAAGUAGUGUUUUAACCACUGAAAAUAAAAGCAAAGACUGUUCUCCUGAAGACAAAGGUGUGCCUUCUUCCUUAUCAAAAGUUGUAGAAAUCAAUGGUCAUAAAAUGGAUGAGGAUGACAAAACCCUUUUAUUGCGUAUUUUGGAGAGUAUUGAAGACUUUGCCCAAGAACUAGUAGAAUUCCGAUUGGGCAAAGGAAGCUUAUCAAAAGAGAAGGAAGUGAUGCACAUUCUUCAGGAAACUUUAGCCACUCCUUCCAUCACAGCUGACAAGCAGAGCUAUAUAGACACAGUGCAGAAAAAACCUGUCUCAGCAUUAAUUCAACAGAUGCCAGAGAUUAUCAAGGUUCAAAACAAGCAAGAGAAAAAAACAGUGACAUCAUCUCUAACUCCUGCAAAUUCAACAAUCACCCCACAGUCUCUACUGACCACAAAUAAAGUAACUGUUGAUGCUCCUUUGUCCAUAAGCAUUCCAAGUUUCUAUUUUCCCUAUGGACUUCCCAAUAUCUGCAAUAAUCAUGAGGAAAUUAUCAUCAAAGUUGAAUCAGCCUUUUCAGAGUUUGAAGAUAAGAAAGUUCCCUGUAAUGAAAUGGGGAAGAUUACAAAAAUAUGCUGCUGUCCCCUAUACUGGAAAGCUCCCAUGUUCAAUGCAUCUGGAGGAGAGCAGACAGGAUUUGUAUCUGUACAUUCAUUUGUGGCCAUGUGGAGAAAGAUACUAUACAACUGUCAUGAUGAUGCAUCAAAAUUCAUUUGCCUUUUAGCAAAGCCCAACUGUAACUAUUUGGAACAAGAAGAUUUCAUCCCAAUACUGCAGGAUAUAGUUGAAACUCACCCAGGACUGACAUUUCUAAAGGAUGCCCCAGAAUUUCAUUCCCGCUACAUUACUACGGUUAUUCAGAGAAUAUUUUACAUGGUGAAUAGAUCGUGGUCUGGAAAAAUAUCACUAAUAGAGCUGAGGAAAAGCAACUUUCUGCAAACUCUGGCCCUCUUAGAAGAAGAAGAAGACAUUAAUCAAAUCACUGACUAUUUUUCCUAUGAGCACUUCUAUGUUAUUUACUGUAAAUUCUGGGAACUGGACACUGAUCAUGAUCUCUAUAUCAAUCAGAGUGAUCUGGCUAGAUACAAUGAUCAAGCUUUGUCAAGCAGAAUUAUAGAAAGAAUAUUUACUGGAGCUGUUCUUAGAGGAAGUCAAGAACACAAAGAAAACCAGAUGAGCUAUGCAGACUUUGUGUGGUUUCUGAUCUCAGAAGAAGACAAAAGAUGCCCCACAAGUAUUGAGUACUGGUUCCGAUGCAUGGAUUUGGAUGGGGAUGGCACACUAUCAAUGUAUGAACUUGAGUUUUUUUAUGAGGAACAGUGUGAGAGGAUGGAAUCUAUGGGCAUUGAGCCAUUGCCCUUCCAUGACCUACUAUGCCAAAUGCUUGAUCUAGUAAAACCAGAAUAUGAGGGAAGAGUUACUCUACGAGAUUUGAAGAGAUGUAGAAUGGCUCAUGUAUUUUAUAAUACAUUCUUUAACCUCGAAAAGUAUCUGGACAAUGAACAACGGGAUCCCUUUGCUGUGCAAAAGGAUGUUGAAAAUGAUAAUCCGGAACCCUCUGACUGGGACAGAUAUGCUGCUGAGGAAUAUGAAAUUCUUGUAGCUGAGGAGUCUGGCAAUGUACAGUUACAAGAAGGGCCAUCAGGACCAUCCAUUUAACGCUAGACUGGAAAGUUGAAAAAAACAUCCUGGAAAAAGAAACUGGCUCAUCAUGAGGAAGCUCAGCCUUGAUCCAUUUGUUUGCAGACUAAUUUUGGCAAGAAUGAAUGAAGAUGGGCAGUAUUUCAGAGCAAUGUAGUUAUUUUGGAAACACCCUGUUACCAACCAAAUAUACUUUUCUUCUCCAGCACUCCUGUUAGAGAUAUCCUGUUAUGCCUUGCUUAUUCUUGAGACCUAAGAAUAAUCUGUGUUUUGGGAACCAGCAUAUUCUCCUUCUCCAACCCCACUCCAAUAAGGAAUGACAUGUGCAUAUACUACUGAGAAAGAUUACUUACAAACAUGGUAAAAGUGAGAUGAAUGAGCAACGUUCAUCUCAGAAGCUACUUCAUCUCAGGGGUAAAGAGGAACUACCUUCAAAUGCAAUGUGCCUCUUCCUGUACUGUUUGAGCCCAACCCUUGCUGAACUAUCUCUUUCUUCCAAAA